AUGUCCGACAGUGAGGUUGAAUACGACAUUGCGGGGUCUUUGAAUCCGGGGGUGGAUUCGGAAGACGACUAUUCGUCCGGAUCAGAGUCCGACAGCGAGAUUCCCGACAUUAUUGAGGACAGUGAAGAUGAGACCGGGCCCCAGCAGGGCGAACCGGGCACCAUGACUUUCCCCAAUCUGGAACUGUCCGAUGACGAUGACGACGACGACGAUGACGACGAGGGCAGAAAGAAGAAGAAGAAAAAGACGGACGACUCGGUGGAAAGCUACUUUGGAGCACCGCAAACGGGCAAAAAAAGCUCGGGCAGUUUUGCUGGUCUGGGUUUGUCGCAGUUGGUGCUUAAAAAUAUUGCACGAAAGGGGUUCAAGCAGCCGACGCCGAUCCAGCGAAAGACGAUUCCGCUGGUUCUGGAGGGCAAAGACGUGGUGGGAAUGGCCCGAACCGGAAGUGGCAAGACAGCGGCGUUUGUGCUGCCCAUGUUGGAGAAGCUCAAGGUCCACAGCGCCAAGGUGGGCGCGCGGGCGGUGAUUCUGUCGCCGUCACGUGAGCUAGCGCUGCAGACGCUCAAGGUGGUCAAGGACUUUUCUGCCGGCACCGAUCUGCGUCUGGCCAUGUUGGUUGGAGGCGAUUCGCUGGAGGAGCAGUUCAAAAUGAUGAUGUCCAAUCCAGACAUUAUUAUCGCCACCCCAGGCCGGUUUCUGCAUCUCAAGGUGGAGAUGGAGCUGUCGUUGGCGUCGGUGGAGUACAUUUGUUUCGACGAGGCCGACCGGCUGUUCGAGCUGGGUUUUGGUGAGCAGAUGAACGAGCUGUUAGCGUCGUUGCCCAGCAACAGACAGACUCUGCUGUUUUCCGCCACGCUUCCCAAGACGCUGGUGGAGUUUGCCAAGGCUGGUCUUCACGACCCGAUUCUGGUUCGUCUGGAUGCCGAGACCAAGUUGCCAGAGCAUUUGGAAAUGACGUUUUUUGCCGUCAAGGAGAACCAGCGAGACGCCUGCUUGGCCUUCAUUCUCAAGGAGGUGAUCCAGAUGCCGUUUGCAACGCCGGAGCAGCUCAAAGAGCUCGAGCGACUGGAUGAACGGGCCAUUGACGACGGAGAACGGGAUGAGGACCGGAAACAAAAACGGCCCAAGUUCAAGAAAGAACGGCUGCCCCCUGCGCACCAAUUGCCCUCGGAAAAGUCGACCAUCGUCUUCUGUCCCACCAAGCAUCAUGUGGAGUAUGUCAUUGUCUUGCUUCAAACUCUGGGGUACGCGGUUUCGUACAUUUACGGCACGUUGGACCAGCAUGCUCGUAAGAACCAGCUGUAUCGGUUCCGCACGGGCAAAACGUCUAUCUUGGUGGUCACUGAUGUGGCUGCGCGAGGUAUUGAUGUGCCUGUUCUGGCCAAUGUUAUCAAUUAUUCGCUUCCUCCGUCCCCCAAGGUGUUUAUCCAUCGUGUGGGUCGAACAGCUCGAGCCGGCAACCGCGGAUGGGCUUAUUCCAUCAUCAAGGACAACGACAUUCCGUAUCUGUUGGAUCUGGAGGUGUUUUUGGGCCGCAAGCUACUGACUCCUCGGUUGUUCAAGCAACAGAAUCCCGACCCUUCGGCCGAGCCCGAUUACGUCAACACUCUGACAAUUGGAGCUCCUCCGCGCCAGGCGCUCGAAAUCCACGGCGAGGAGCUCGCCCAGAUGGUCAAGGACUCGUACGAGCUGCAGCAGCUGUCGGAGGUUGCGGUCAAGGGCGAGCGAAUGUACAACAAGACCAAGGGAAGUGCUUCUCAGGAGUCGGCCAAGCGGUCAAAGCAGAUUAUGGCACUGGGAUGGGACGACCAUCAUCUCAUGUUUGGCGAGGAUGGCGAGUCUGCCAAGGACGCGUUGUUGGCACGAUUGGGCCAGAAGCGCAUUCGAGAAACGGUGUUUGAGUUCCGCAAGAGCAAAACCACCUCUGGCGCCGAGAUGAUGGCCACUCGUCGGGCCCAGCUGGCUCCGAUCCAGCGCCGGGCCGCGGAAAAGCGUGCCAUUCAGGAAAAGGAGCGGCUGGCGGGUCUGGUUCAUUCGCAGGAUGCGGAGAUUGCCCGGUCUACCGAGGAAGAUAUGGCUACCGAGGCGGAUCUCACCGGGUUCACUACGGAGGAGGAUCUUCGGGCGGCCAAGAAGGCGCAAAAGUCCAAGAAGCGCUCCUUCAGAGACUCGGAGAACUUCAUGUCCCACUACGCACCCACCAACGACGAUAAGGGCUAUGCUGUGGGCAACUUUGCCGGGGCUGCGUCCAAUGCCACGUUUGAUCUCAUCAACGACGGCUCGGAAAUGCAGCAGAAACAGGGCAUGAAGUGGGACAAGAAGAAGGGUAAGUUCAUCAACGCGGGCUCGGAGGGUGGCAAGAAGUUCAUUCGAGGUGAGGGAGGCCAGCGAAUCGCCGCGUCGUUCCGGUCGGGCCGAUUCGAUAAGUGGAAGGCCGCCCACAAGGUCGGCAAUCUCAAGGUUGGCGCUCUGGAGGAGUCUGGGCCUGCCACUAAGCGGGUUUUGUCUGCGCGAGAGUUCAAACACAACAAAAACGAAGCCCCCAAACGAGCCGACAAGUACCGAGACGAUUUCCACAAGCAAAAGACCAAGGUCGCCGCUGCCAAGGAAGACGGACGAAUCCAGAAACCCCAGCCCAAGAGCGAGCUCAAGUCCACCGCCGAUGUUCGAAAGAGCCGAAUCCUGGCCGAGAAGCGCAAGCAGAAGAAUGCCCGGCCGAGUCGGGGUGGCAGGGGUGGAGGUCGUGGAGGUCGUGGAGGAGGUCGUGGAGGGCGUUAA